CGGUGACCGGGACGUGUACUUCUUUCCUCUUCUUACCCGGCGGCAGUAGCUCAUUCCCGGACACUCAGUGAGAGAGAGAGCGGGAGCCGGCGUCAUAGGAGGGCAGCAGUUACUGUCCUGUUGCCUUCAGUAUCAUCAUCCCAGUCACUGGCCUGCGCCUUCUGUAUCAUCAUCCCAGUCACUGGCCUGCACUAUUAAAUGGAAGCAGAGGAGGAGAGACUUGUGAGCAGAGGUCAGGCAGAAGAAAAGAUGAGAUUGCACAUACACCCUGGAAAGCUGGCCGGAUUUCAGGACUGUAAACUAUUCUGAAAGAGGACACCUCUGGGUCAUCAUCUCCCACUUGUACCAGAGCCUGUACUCGGGGGCUGCGAUGGAGGAAGAGAGAAGUUACAGGACUGAGAGAAUAUUAAACAUCACCCUGGAGAUCAUCCAUCUGCUGACUGGGGAGGACCUCACAAUGGUUACUAAGACAUUCGAGGAACGUGAGAAACCCAGCAACCAUCCCCAUGUGUCAGGAGGGAUGAGCAGGAUCCAGUUCCCCAACAUGGCGCCUCCACCUCGCUCACUGAUACAUGACAAUGAACAGAAGAUCCUGGAACUCACCAACAAGAUCAUUCAGCUGCUGACUGGAGAGGAGGGGGAGUAUAUAGAGGAACACAGGGGUCUGUACAAGGACGUGAUGGAGAAUCAUCGGCCCCUCACAUCACUUGUCACUGUGUCUCCUACAGAUGGGUCCAGCAGCACAAAUACCCCAGAGAGAGAUCCUGGUCUUCUAUUCUCUUGGAACUCGGAGGAGAAUUACAAUAUCACUCUUCAAAAUCAGAUAGAAAGCAUGCCUAUUGUUAAAGUGGAAGAUAUUGAGGGAGAGAAGACAUACGUGAGGUUUGAUCAGCAAUGUAAGGAGGAGGAAAUCCCCACAGAUAUUGGCACAGAUAAACAGAACCUCGGCAAUAUGUUGGGUGGAGCAAUCCUUUUAUUCCCAUAUAGUCAGUUGGACGAUUACUCAAUCACUAGCAAUUCUCCAAUAGAAAUUCCUGCUGCUCCAAACAUAUAUCCAGUACCUGACAAUUCAUCUAUAUUAAUUAGUCACUCUGAGCAUGGGAAAUGUUUUCCAGAUAUCUCUGAGAUCGCUACUCCCAACACAACUUACAGAAACUUUGGAGAAUUUUCUUCUUUAGAAGAUAAAUGUUUUAGCCGUAACACAAAACCUAUCGUACAUGGGAAACAUCAUCCUGGUGAGAAGCUAUUUUCAUGUUCUGCUUGUGGGAUAAGCUUUACAAAGAUGUUUGCUCUCCUAAAACACCAGAGAGUCUGCUCUGUGGGGAAACCAUUUCCGUGGUCGGAUUGGUCAAAAUGUAUUGCCCAGAGAUCGGGACAUCAGAGAGACCUAAAGACUGAAAAAUCAUUUUCCUGUCCCGAAUUUGUUAAAAGUUUUAGAAAUAUAUCUGUUCUUGCCGAACACCAGAGAACUCGCAUAGAUGAGAGGCUGUUUCCUUGUUCUGAAUGUGGGAAAUGUUUUACUUGCAAAUCACAUCUCGUCACUCAUCUGCGAAUUCACACGGGUGAGAAGCCGUUUCCGUGUUCUGAGUGCGGGAAAUGUUUUAUACAGAAAUCUCAUCUUGAUAAACAUGAGAGAACACACACAGGUGAGAAGCCAUUUCCAUGUUCUGAGUGCGGGAAAUGUUUUACAGGCAAAUCACCUCUUGAUGCUCAUCAGCGAAUUCACACUGGCGAGAAGCCAUUUUUUUGUUCAGCGUGUGGGAAACAUUUUAGAAAGAAAUCCAUUCUUGUUGAACAUCAGAGAACUCACUCGGUGGCUAAGUCUUUUUCAUGUCCUGCGUGUGGGAGGCAUUUCACCCAGAAGUCAACACUUUUUAAUCAUCAGAAAAUCCACUCCAUCGUGAGGCCGUUUCCAUGCCCAGAUUGCGAGAAAUGUUUUACGCAUAAAUCCAAUCUUGUUAAACAUCAGAGAACUCACACAGACAAGAAGCCAUUCUCCUGUUCUGUGUGUGGAAACUGUUUCACACAGAAAUCCAGUCUUCUUGAGCAUCAGAAAACUCACACCAGUGAGGAACCAUUUUUAUGCUCAGAUUGUUGAAAAUGUUUUGCAAAGACACGAUUUGCUUUUCAGUUCUCAAAGAAUCCAUUGUGUUGAAAACCUGUUGGCAGGUGCUAAGUAUUACCACAGAGCUAUUCAUGUAUAAGCUAAUUCCUGUUACACAUCUGAUUCAUUUCAUUUUCUGGAUGCGGGAAAUGUACAUGUCAAUCUAGUCUUGGUAAUAUAUUAAGUAAGUUUGUGUAUGAUACAGGACUAUUGCAGAUGGUAUCAACUCCAGUCCACAAGUACCCCCAGCAGAUCAUGUUAUCAGGAUUUCGGUCUGUAGAAGAGAUGGGAUAAUAACUGACCUAGCAAAAUAGAUUAAAUACCAUCUACAUGAGUAGAGAGCCUGAAAACAUGACCUGUUGCGGGUAUUUAAGGACCUGAGAUAAAACUCUCUGCUCCGUCAGGUUUAGUGUCCUGUAAAUUCUAAUGACCUCAAUCCACAGGAACGCAAAACAUAACUUCCAGUUUUCUAUUGACCAAUUUAAUCCUUGAGAUGGAACAAUUUAUGCCAGAGGUUCUCAAACUUGGUCCUCGUGGGCCCACACAGUGCAUGUUUUGCAGGUCUCCUCACAGAAUCGCAAGUGAAAUAAUUAGCUCCACCUGUGGACUUUUUAAAAUGUGUCAGUGAGUAAUUAAUACACCUGUGCACCUGCUGGGUUACCUGCAAAACAUGCACUGUGUGGGCCCACGAGGACCGAGUUUGAGAACCUCUGAUUUAUGCUAAUGCUUUCUACUAAUUAUAGCUACAGCUAUUUAUUUACAUGAAAGGUAUCCAAUGGGUGCAGAAUUCCUCUGCUAUUGACAUCCUCAUGGUAAGGGACCCUGGAUAAAUAAUACAAUUAUGGGGGUUCAUAUCCUAUGUAAUAAAAGGCUAGCGCUGCUUCUCACCUCUGUGGGGGGAAUUCAAGUGUUUUGCACGCCGGUGUCCAGUAGGUGGUGUCCGGAGUAAUUCAAUUGUUGCUCCGUUCAGGUGCACACAACUGCCGGUGCUGACAUCACUGUUAAAAUGGUCCGUCGUUUUGAUGGGCUGGAAACUAGUGUACAAAUAUAGUGACAGAAUUACAGAGAUGUAAGAAAUGUACAGUGCAUCUAAUGAGAUGCUGAUUGGUCACAAUGUCGACAUUUGACAUGUGUUUGAUAAGGAAAUUGAUGACCAUUGUUGACAUGGAAGUUUCUCAAUCAAUUUAGUAAUACCUCUCGGGUGUGUGAAAGGGCGAGGUUCUUCUAAACAAGGAGAAUACACACAACAGAUUUUCCCCAGCACACCAAGGGGUAUUAGCAAUAUGAUCUGAACACUACAUCGUGGUAGAGAAAUCAGAUCUCGGUUACCGGAUAACUGCAAAGCUAUGGUUUGCCACCAGGUCAUGUCAUGGCUUCUCGGAUACUGCUGGUCCCUAACGUGUAUGUUUGUUCUAGGCUAAAAUGUGCAAGAAAACACCACUGUAAUGACAUAUUAAAUGCCCACUUUAUGAGCAUGCCAGUAUAUUAACCAUAACAUGUUGACCUAAUGUCCAUAUUUUGAAUGUUGACGUUUCAUACUACACCCAAUGAGAUUGCUGGAGUGGAACGGAUAUUUUUAUAGAUAAUGUAAAUACACCAUAUCAAUACUUACACAUAUUACAUUUGGCAGUCAGUAUGAGUGGUCAGAUCAUCUGGUGAUUAUGGCUUUUCCUUCAUUACCGAUAUAUUAAGACCAUGGGGUGCCAUUGGUUUAAGGAAAAACAUCCAUUUUCUUCUUUGUUUAUGCGUUUGUAGUCUCCGCCCCUCCAGUUCUGUUGCUCCCAAAGAUAGGAAGUCCCUUAAGGUUCAAGGCGUGGUCUUUUCAGGAUUGUUUGAAUAAACGGAUACUAGACCUUUUUUGUGAUGUUUUCACAUGGUCUGCUGUCUGUUCAAGGCUCUGAUGGUUCUCCCUGCGUUUUGCUGUCCACAUGGACAUUCUGCUACAUGUCCAUACUGUUGCAUUGAAUGACUUAACCAUUGCAAACCAUAACAAUAGCACAAGUCAGAAUAAAAUGAUGACUGGCUAAAGUAAUCAUGCGGUUCCAAUCUAAUCUGAAGGUACAAAUUGCAUGUCACUAUAAAUGACUGGAAAGAGCA